CGCAACAUCACAGUGCUGUCGCACUCAUCUCCAAUGCCUGCGCAAUCAUUGCAUUCCCACAGACAACGGAAAUCAGUUCUAUUGUCGGUGGGCGAUGGAAGCAAACGAUAGGGUUCUUGUUACGCCGAAACCGAACUGAUUUUCGUUUUUCGCAACCAUGACGGUACCACACAACAACGAUAAUGAGGAUUCAUCGGGUGCCCUAGCCAACCAUGGGAUUCCUCUAUCCAGUAGUGGGGUCGAAUCGAAUGAUUUUUUCCUCGGAGAUUACCGCCACAACCGAGAGAUACUGGAUAACCUGGAAGCCGAUCCAACUGACGGCGAGGUCGACGAGGAUCGACUCAUUUACGCAGCGACCAAGAAGUUUGCUACAAUAAACAUGGACAUCCAAAAUCGGGAGUCCUUUCGAGCCCGUCGUCCCCUUGUUGUUUCAUCCUCCGCAUUGCGUUGCGACGAUUCCGACAGUUCUGGUGAGCUCAUUUGUCCUGAUACCGCUCCUCAACGCACUACAAGAAUGGCUGAAAUGAGAAUGAACUUCUUUCGUAUAUUCCAGCAAGACAACUCCUAUUUAGAGGUUUCGCGAGAGGAAAUUCGACGAGUUCGCGCUAUGCAUAAGAGAUUUGCAGAAGGGAGUGAAUUCAGUUUCAACUAUAACGUCUUAUUGAUCAUCGCUUCCAUCUUAGCUGCCCUGGGCCUUGGAAGUGAUUCCGUCGCUACGAUUAUUGCUUCCAUGCUAGUUUCUCCUUUGAUGGGGCCUGUCAUGGGGAUGGCAUAUUCCGCAACAAUUCAAGAUUUCACAUUGUUUCGCACUGCUUUCAUGACUGAAUUGGUUAGUUUGUUGGCGUGCAUCGCUGUCGGGGGUUUGGUCACUUGCUGUAUGAUCCCGUUCGUGGAUGUCCCAGAUGAGUGGCCAACGCCAGAAAUGGAGAGCCGAGCCCUUAUGACUAGCUUUUGGAUUGGGAUUCCAGUUGCAUUUUUUAGUGGCCUGGGUGUAGCCGUUAGUGUUUUAGAUGAGCAGACAAGUUCUUUGGUUGGUGUUGCAAUCUCUGCCUCUCUGUUGCCUCCUGCCAUCAACGCAGGAAUGCUCUGGACGACCUACUUUUUUAAUGAGGCGGGAACCAACGAAGAGAUUGGGGACGACGCCCAACACCGAUUCUUCCGUGAAGGGGUUAUUUCUUUGGGUCUGACGCUUGCCAAUAUUGCACUGAUUAUUUUGUCGUCUAUGAUUAUGUUCCGGGUCAAAGAGGUGGGUUUCAUUUCUCUCCAUUUUUGUCCGAUCAAACCAGUAUUAAAAAAAUAAAGGAUUCCCUCUUGCUCACCUAAGCGUUUUCGUUUCCUUCCUUUUCUUUCAUUACAUCGCAAUACCGCACAAGAGAGUAAACAUAAAGAGGAAGAAGAUAUUUUGGACCGAUCUAGGAUUGGCCAGGUGUAUCUAUAGAAAUCUGGCUGUCUAUGACAAUCCGGCAGAUGCUCCCAAUCCCGUCCGAAGAAUGGCUCGCCGAGUGUCAUUAUAUUUCCACAAGGGCUCGACGAAUCGCGCUUCGAACAACGAGCAAUCAUCUGAAAUAUCCUUCAGAUCCAACGGUAGCAAUUACAGCAGUGGUUUUUGUACUGAUGUAGAUGUCCCUCAGGGGUCAGAAGACCGCCGCCACAAGAAAAAUCUUUCUGUUGUAUUGGAGGAAAAAAGAUCGACGAGUUCCAGCACGUCCGUUUGAACUAAAUUAAUAUCCAUUGU